ACACCUCCGGGGUCUCAGGCGCCAAAACCUCUUUAGCUCUAUUAAUCGAAAAUUUCAAAAGAUCAGAAUUAAAUCGCGAUUUAUGCUCUAGGGGGCUGGAGAUUACGCAAAAAAGCAUACGGGUUCUCGAUAGAAUUGAGGAACUGUCUAAAAAGUUUUCUGAAUAUCAAGAACAGAAUAUUCACUCCGACCUCGUGUUACAUAAGGCCGGUGCGUUCGAAAGGUUCCUCGAGAGUAAUAAGGAGUUACAAAGAUUUGCCAAUAUUUUGUGGGAAAUAUUACUUUUUGAGUAUGAAACCAUUAAUUAUGAAAGUGUUGAGGCACGAGAUGAAAUGAAAAGACUAAUCGAAGAAUUAAAUAGUGCCACUACCAAUUUGCAGGACGCCAUCGAAAAGUGGAGGUCAAAUCAUUCCAUGUGGAGCAGAAACAUGAAAACAAAGAUUAUCGCCCUUGUUAAAAUUAAGAACAUUAUGAAAAAAUCAUCAUCCGGUGUUAAAUGUUACGAGAUCCCCGCGAAAAAAUUGGAGCCCACAAGUACAAGUGACAUUGCUUCGCAGGAACAUACAUCUCCUGGACCCGACGAUACAGAGAAAAACUCCACAUUACGAGGAAGUAGAAAGCACGUUCGACAAUAUUGGUAUCUGGGACAUAAAGUGGCCGAGAAGAGCCUAGGAAGUUUUGAUGGGAUUGAUAAAAUUUCGGCGAAAUUAGAUGAGGAAAUUGGUUUCAUGAACGAACUAAGAAAGCAGAGUUCUAGUUUUUAUAUAUUGAGAUUUUUCGGGUAUUGCCUACGUUCGGACAGUUUUUCGGUAAUCUGCGAAUGGGAGGAUUACAAUUUGCAAACUUAUCUCGCCUCACACGUUGAGUUGGAUUGGAAAGAGAAAUUAAGCAUUGCGCGCGGAAUUGCUGAUGCAUUGGUGAAUAUUCAUGAAAAAAAUAUAUUGCAUUACGACGUUCGAACUGAGAAUGUGCUAUUGGAUCGUCAUUUUCUGCCAAAAUUAUAUAAUUUCCGAAUUAAGAAAGAUUCCCCCGUUAUGCUAACCGCUUCGGAUGCGCCAAUUGAUGAUCCAAGGUAUAGUUCUCCGGAGAGGAUUAAGGGUGAAGUUUACAAUAAAGCUAGCGAAGUAUACAGUUUUGCAAUGGUAAUGUGGGAAAUUCAACAUCACCAGAAACCCUAUGCUGAUCUAACCGCUAAUCAAAUUAAGACGAAAAUUCUCGCUGGCGAAUAUCCUGAACUUGCGCCUAUGACCGGGACUCCGAAAGAAUUUCAGCGUAUAAUGGAACAGGCGUGGUCUUUUUCAUCCGGCGAGCGUCCUAGCACACAAUCGUUAUACAUCUCCCUUAAUGAACUAUACCUCGCCUAUCUAUCCCUACAAGUAAAAUUAAUUGGUGUUGAAGAGGCUAGUAACAACCAUGCAUCGAACAGUUUGACACGGCUUGAUAGUAUCUCGAACGGUUUCAUUACGAGAAACAAUGGUUUUAGUAAGAGUUACAAUCCAUUUAUCGAGAAAUCACCAGAGAUCGAAAAUGGAAUUCGAUAUCAUAACGAAAGAAAUUAUAAAAAAGCGUGGAAGAUAUUCCGGGAAUAUGAAAAUCGCUCCCACGAUCCGGAAGCAAUGUAUUGGGUUGGUUAUUACUAUAUGAAGGGUUUGCAUGAUAAAAGAAAUAAAAAACCGGAUCGAGUAAAAGGUAUGUCUUAUCUAAGCACCGCGGCGAGCCUUGAUCAUGCCGAAUCACAAUUUUUAUACGCCACCACAAUACUUAAAACAUCACAAGCGGCCAAAGAGCACGAGAAUAAUAGAUAUAAUUAUGCGAUCUGUUGUUUAAAGAAGGCAGCGGCACAUAAUCAUCCAAAAGCAUUAAGAGACUUUGGGGAGAUUAUUAAGUAUGGGAAAUAUAAUCAAAAGAAGGAUGCGUCUUUGGGCAAUAAAAUGAUUGAGAGGGUUAGAUGUAAAAAUAGAGGCGCGAAAAUCGCAAAACUAGGUCAGUUCAUAUCACGUGACACGAUAUUUCGUCGCGAACUGAAAGCCUACGCGAAAAAUUAG